AAGCGGCAGACACCUCAGUGCUCCGGACUCUGUCGACAAGCCGUCCGCUCGGCUCCAGCUCUACCCUGGUUCCUGCAUCAUGCUCGCCGUCAGAAGCGCUCUCCGCCUCGGCUCCAGGCUGUGUGUCCCCGCGGUGGCCCGGCGGGGCUGCUCCGGAGCCGCGGUCCCGGUGGACGACGUGGUGAACGGACUCACGGACGACCAGAUCCAGCUGAGGCAGACGGUUCGUAAAUUCCUCUCAGAAAAACUGGCGCCGUACGCCGACGAGAUCGACAAGACCAACGACUUCCCGGGGAUGCGGGCGUUCUGGAGAGAGCUGGGGAACAUGGGUUUGCUCGGCAUGACCGCUCCAGUGGAGCACGGGGGAACCGGUCUGGGCUACCUGGACCACGUCCUCGUGAUGGAGGAGAUGUCGCGGGUGUCGGCGGCCAUCGCCCUCAGCUACGGCGCCCACUCCAACCUGUGCGUCAACCAGAUGGUGCGCCACGCCAACCCCGAGCAGAUGGAGAAGUACAUGCCGAAGCUGAUGACGGGAGAACAUGUGGGGGCGCUGGCGAUGAGCGAGCCCAACGCCGGGUCGGACGUGGUGUCCAUGAAGCUGAAAGCCACCAAGAGCGGGGAUUACUAUGUUCUGAACGGAAACAAGUUCUGGAUCACCAACGGGCCGGACGCAGACGUGCUGAUUGUGUACGCCAAGACCGACCCCGAGGCGUAUCAGCGAGGCAUCACGGCUUUCAUCGUGGAGAAGGGGAUGCCGGGAUUUUCCACGGCGCAGAAGCUGGACAAGCUGGGCAUGAGAGGAUCCAACACCUGUGAGCUGAUCUUUGAAGACUGCAAAGUCCCAGAGAAGAACAUUCUGGGUCCGCUGAACAAAGGCGUGUACGUGAUGAUGAGCGGCCUGGAUCUGGAGAGGCUGGUUCUGGCCGCUGGGCCCAUCGGCAUCAUGCAGGCGGUGCUGGACGCCGCCGUUCCAUACCUCCACGUCAGAGAAGCUUUCGGACAGAAGAUCGGACACUUCCAGCUGAUGCAGGGCAAGAUGGCCGACAUGUACACCCGGCUGAGCUCCUGUCGGCAGUACCUGUACAACGUGGCGCGGGCGUGCGACAAAGGACACUUCAGCGCCAUGGACUGCGCCGGCGUCAUCCUGUACUGCGCCGAGAACGCCACUCAGGUGGCUCUGGACGGCAUUCAGUGUCUGGGUGGGAACGGCUACAUCAACGACUACCCGACGGGCCGAUACCUGCGCGACGCCAAGCUGUAUGAAAUCGGGGCGGGCACCAGCGAGGUGCGCCGGCUCAUCAUCGGACGGGGGUUCAACAGCCUGUACAAGUAGAGACCCGGGACGAGCCGGACGGAGGACAGCGUUACUGCCAGCCCCGCCUCGCCGCGCUGGACGGACUGAGUUUCUCAAUCCACAUCAACCCCGACCGGCCUGAUUUUAUCUUUAUUUUUAUUUUUUUUUAACUGAAAGUGGCCUUCAUAGCAUUUUGUUUUCCGCGCCUGCAGAGACUCUGACAUGCAGAUGAAACCCGGUGCCUUGCUCGUGGGCAGGGUGCCGAGUGAGAAACACUCCGACCACAGCUCAAACCGACAGACAAAAUCCUGAUAACGUGUGAGAACAUUUCCACUGCGGCGCACCGUGAAGCUCUUGUAUAUAGCGUGAAGGCAGGAGUUCCUCUCUGCCGACGACAGUGUAACGUUUCCUGUUUCCUGGGAGCGAGCGUCUGUACGACGCGCUCGUCUCCUCCGCACAGAUUUUUAUGAGAAUCACUGUAGAUGUACAGUAUGACCAUGUGAUAGUUGUGUUUGCAAUAAAUAGGAGUGAAAACUCGG